UGCACAGCAUCGAAAUCGAAAUUAAAUUCCUACAUCGAAAUUGACACUGAAAUAUAAGGCACGGAAUAUGUCGGAAUCGGACUAUUUUGGAUUUGAACUAGUGUUCAAAACGGUGGAGGGUUCCAUCCAGGCCAAAUCCGACGUUCUGAUCGCAGUCAUCCAUUGGUAUCUGAUUAAAAACUCGUUCCGGAAUGUUGGCCUUGGCGACGAUAAAACGCUAUCAGAGUCGGAUGAAAAAAGCGAACUCUUGCCAGAGGGAUGGAAUAACAACCCACACUCGUAUGCUAUGCGGUACGUGAACAACGGUCAGCUGUACAUCUUGCACGGAAUCGACAGCGAGGGAACGAUGAUUAUCAAUCUUCUGCAGGUCAAGACACUGAACGUUUCGAAUACCACGUUCCAAAUCGAAGAUACGGUCAAAGCCUUGAAGGGAUCGAUGACAACUCUGGUACCGGAAGCCGCUACCGUGUUGGAUCGAGUUCGAAAGGAACUGCUGGUGCCGGUAUUCGAGAGUAACAAGAAGGACGGAGAGACUCAAACAAAGAAGGAACCGGAGAAGAAUGAUCGUGUUGAUGUAAGGCCAUCGAAUCCGCUGCUGGUGGGCCCUCGCUUCGGACCGGUGGCAAUCGGCUCGGAUCCCCUGGGAGUGGGCAAUGUCGGUCGAGGCGAUUUGGACCCUUUUGGCCGUGGUGGGGGUAUGAUCUUCGAGCCACCUGGUGGCUUCAAUCCCCUGGCAAACCUCAGGCGACCCGGUCCCAGUGGAAUCGUUCCCGGAGCUCGGUUCGAUCCGUUUGGACCCACGGUCGGCACCAAUCCAAGGGUGUUCCGCAAUCCGGAUCCCGAUCCAGAUCACAUGCCGCCACCCGGAUACGAUGACAUGUUUAUGUAAAGGGAGUUCUCAUGCAUUUUCGGAAAAUAAUCAGCUAGCGACUCAA